AUGGCUAGUUUCAGGGAUGCUUUUGAGGGGAGUCGGCUGUUUGAUUUGGGAUGGAGAUUUGAUAAAUACACUUGGAGCAAAAAACAUGAAAAUGAGACUUUCACCAAGGAGAGACUUGAUAGAGCUGGGAUCAAUGUAAGAUGGAAAUGUAUUUUUCAAGAGGGUUGGGUAGAAGUGCUGGCAGCUAGAAGUUCUGACCAUAGACCUUUACUCUGUAUGAACCAGAAGGGAAAUGAGGAAAGGAGAGGAAGAAAGUUGUUCAAGUAUGAAGCUAGAUGGGCUUUAGAGGAGGAAUGUGUGGUGGCCUUAAAGAAGGUAUGGUAUAAGAGGAUGAUGGAAGAUGGCACUCCAAAGAAUCUACAAGAUAGCCUGACUAACAGUAAAAGAGUUUUUAUUAAAUGGUGUAGGAAGAAUGGGGAAGAUAGAGGGAGAGAGUUGAAGCAGAAAACCCAGCUCUUAAAAAUGCUCCAAGAAAAUGAGAAUAGACACAACUCUGGUGAGGUUAAAAGAAUACAGCAGGAGAUUGGGUUAUUGUUAAAGAAAGAAGAUUUAAAAUUGAGGCAAAUGGCUAAAGUGAAUUGGAACCAACCUAGCCCAGCUACUGCAAGGCAUGUGAGGCAAGUAAAGAGGAAGAAACUGAGAGAAAAUUGUGUGAAAGCCAAUUGGGAUGCAGCAAUUGACCAAAGGAAGAGAAGGAUGGGAGUAGGAAUUGUUAUAAGGGACGAGAAGGGGGAAGUUUUAGCAGCUAUAUGCGUUUAG